AUUCUCGGCAUGAAAAUGGCAGACCACAGGGCAAGAUCCAGAUCCCCACCACCAGCGCGGGACGGCUCCUCAAGACGAAGAAGCCGAUCUCCUCGAAGGCGCGACGAUGACAGAGACCGCCGUGAUCGACCACGGCGUGCAGGUGGCGGCGGCUUCAGAUGGAAGGAAAAGCGCAAAGACCCCAACGAAGAACGAGGCGGGAGCGAGAAGAGGUUAGAACGGGGAUAUCGAAAGCGCUCACCUUCGCCACGACGGGACCGAGACCGAACGCAAGGGAGUAACGGCGCAUCAGUCGAAGACAAAUUUGGAGUGGCAGACAAAUUCGGGGCGAGCGCCAGCAAGACGGACAGAAAGGAGAACACGGAUAAGCCGCCAGAGAGACCAGCUGCACAGCCAGCCUCCGUGAGUAGGAGCGAACCUAUGAUCGUGGUACAUGUGAACGAUAGACUGGGCACGAAAGCUGCGAUUCCGUGUCUGGCGUCGGAUACGAUAAAGCUGUUUAAGCAUCAAGUUGCGGCGAUGAUUGGCAGACAGCCGCAUGAGAUUCUUCUGAAGAGGCAGGGUGAACGGCCGUUCAAGGACCAGUUGACGUUGGAGGAUUAUGGCAUCAGUAAUGGGGUGCAGAUCGAUUUGGAGAUUGACACCGGGGAGUAAAAUGGAAUGGAAUUGGAACGAAUUGGCGUUGGAUUUGCAGUCAAAAGCAACCGGGCAGAACUAUAUUUUGAGAGUGUAAUGACAAUAUGCUCUGAUCUGUCCCCAUCUGGACGGCGUUGGGUGAUGUGGAC